CGUGAGUCUGGGCUCGCGCAGCAUUUCAUUCGUGAGAAAAAUGAUUCACGCUCCUUGAUGCUACUGUCACAUGUUUGCCGGGUUCACGUCGCGGAUGAGUCGUGAGAGCUUUUCAGCGAGUCGGACACUUAUUUAAACUUGAGAAGGUUACCUGCGUCAUGAUCUGCCGUUCUCCCUGUGGAAGAGGAUUCAUGGGAUGCUGACUCUCACGCACUCUGCCAACACACACGGAUCCGCCAUGUCUCAGUGUGAGUCCAGUGCCAAGGUGCGGGACUGGUUGUGCGUCCUCCGUCUGGAGCAGUAUUCGGAAGUAUUUCAGAGUGCUGGCUUGGCAACGCUACGAGAGUGUCGGGACCUGACACCAGAUCAGCUGGAGCGCAUGGGGAUCACCCUGCCGGGUCACCAGAGACGCAUCCUUGCAAGCCUGAACAAAGCUCAGGGCACCGAAUCGCUCUCUCACCAGUCGGACGGAUCGGAGCAGACCGCUACAGCUCAAGACGUCCGAGGAGAGAGACCGGAGCCUGUCGCACUGGAAAGGAAAGCGGAGAAAAGUGAUGGAGAGACGAGGAGACCAGUCCCGGGUGAAAGAGGAAAACCAGUCCCCAAAGGGAGACAAGUGUUUCAAAUGCAGGAGAAUAGCAGUGAAGGAGGGGAGAUAAAAGUCGCUCAGGAGCAAACACCUGAAGGAGGAAAAGAGGAAGAGAGGACUGGAGGAAUGGGUGAGGGGGGGAAGCCUGUACCAAAAGAAAGGACUAAGUUUCGUUCUAGCGCUCCAGCUGACUGCCAGCCAGGCUCCAUGGUGUCCCCUUCCUCAGAAAACUCUUUGCCGCCCGUCCCCCCUCGAAGCACCCUCAACUGCCCUCCACAGCGCUUCACCUCUCCCCCGAGCCCCGCGCCAGCUCCCCAAACCUCCGGCUCCCCGAAACCCGCCAGGCCCACUCUCAUGCCCCCAUCGGCGCGGUGCAGGCCUGUGUCGCCAAGUUCCACCCCCAGCAUCUCGCCCACUCCCACCGAACCCCCCCCUAACAUCCCCGACGCUCAGCCAGCCCAAACCCAAACUAGGCCCCAGACAUUAACCAUUCAAAAACCCACGCAGCGCGUGAGCCGGAACGGACGCAGAAAAGCUUCAUCCGUGUCCCCCUCCACCUCUCCCAUCGGGGACAAGAAUAUCCCGCCUCUUCUUCCUCCAAAAGCGGGAGUGGGAUGUAAAGGCCCACCACCAGUCCCACCUCCAGUCCCACUGCGGUGUCCCGCUCCCUCUCCAAGAACCCACAGCCCUCCUCUCAUAGAGACAGGAACAGAUGAGGAGCAGAGAGACCAGACUCCACAAAUCCCACCUCGCACCAGGACACCCCAAACACAAGAGGCCAACCAGCAGUCCACUCAACCUGAGACACGGCCGGCUGUGCCGGCAAGGAGGGUCAUCCAGCCUCCCCGCCUCAAUUCCAUUGGCGAUAAUUCCAAUGACUACGAAGAGCCAGACUUGUCUUACAUUAGUGCUCAACAAGGAAACACGGCUGACAGGGAUAUGACCCUGCAAGUGCCCCGUAAAAGAGACCAUUGCAGUUCUCUGUGUAGUGAUGAUGAAUUUUUGGAUGAUGAUGACAACACCAUUUGGAAUGAUGACGGCUUCACCAACCCAAAAGGCAGUUUCUACCUCCCACACUCUGGAAGACUUGCUGCACCUAUUAAAGAAGACAGCUCCGAGCUCUCCUCCAUCAUCAAGAUGGGCUGGCUGGACAAGAAUCCACCUCAGGGAGCUCUUUAUUACCAGAGACGAUGGGUUAAACUAGAUCCUGACUAUCUGAGAUACUUUGACAAUGAUAAGGAAGUGUACUCUAAGGGGAUCAUCUCAACGGCGUUCAUCACUAGUGUGGCCAGUGUGGGGGAGCUGAAGCUAGAAGUGGUAACGAACAACCGAACUUUUAUCUUCAGGGCUGAGAGUGAAGCUGAGAAAAAGGAAUGGGUGACGGCACUUCAAGACUGCACCAGGGGGCGCCCUCGACCUGGCAUCAAAACCUCUGGCUCACUGUUAAACCCGGACCAUCAAGGCUAUCUGGAGCUCAGGGGAUUACGCUCCAAACUGUACACUGUUGUUGCCUCAGAUAAAGUCUUCCUUUUCAAAAAUAUUGAUGACUAUCGACUUGGAGUGGGUAUCACAUCCAUUGAAAUGAAUGUAGGAAAUGUUAAAGACUCGGAUCGCCGCAGUUUUGAUCUCACCACCCCAUACCGCAUUUUCAGUUUUAUUGCAGAGUCAGAGCAGAUGAGAGAGCAAUGGGUGAACGCCAUGAGGAACGCCAUAGGUGAGGCACUGUCUAAUAGUGAGGUGGCCGAGCAGAUCUGGGCGGAGCCUAGUAAUAGUUUCUGCGCCGACUGCGGGGUUCCAAAACCGGAUUGGGCGGCCAUCAACUUGUGCGUGGUGAUCUGCAAACGAUGCGCAGGAGAGCACAGAGGGCUGGGUCCCAGUAUCUCAAAGGUUCGGAGUCUGAAGAUGGACAGGAAAGUGUGGACCGAGGAGCUCAUUAAGGUGUUUCUGUUGAUUGGCAACGAGCGGGUGAACAGUUUCUGGGCAGCUAAUGUCCCGCCAAGUGAAGCUUUGACGCCCUCCAGUGGCAGCGAAGACAGACGACGCUUCAUCACUAACAAGUACCGCCAGGGCAAAUACAGAAAAUAUCAUCCUCUGUAUGGGAACCAGAGAGAGCUCAACAAUGCUCUUUGUAUAAAUGUGCAAAGCAGCGAUGUUCUUGAGACUUUAAGCCUGAUUUUCUGUGGUGCAGAUGUGAAUUGCUUAACGGAUAUGGAAGGCUGUCCGUCUCCUCUCUCCCUAGCCACUGCACACUCGCAGCCCUUGCAGGCUGAAUUAAUCCGCCAUAACCUCAACACAGAGCUUCCACAAUCAGAGGUAUUGGGAGAUAUGGAUCUGUCACAUUACCAGCCACCGGCCUCUGUGUCUUACAACGGCUUCCUGUUCAAAACUGGAUCCAUGGCCCGGGCCAUUACAGAACGCAAGGCCAAAGAAGAGUUCAGUCGUCGCUGGUGCACGCUAAAUGAUGGUACUUUCAGCUACUAUGAAAGUGACAAGAACUCAAACCCUAAUGGGGCUCUUAAGGCUACAGAGAUCGUCUGUUUGGCUGUUGAUGUGCCUGAAAAACACGGGUAUGAAUACACUUUUGAACUCUACUCGGAGUCUGAACGCCUCUAUUUGUUUGGCACUGAUGAUGCAGACAGCCACAAAGAGUGGGUCAAGUCUAUUGCUAAGAGCUUUAUUCCAGCCAGAGCAGAGCCGUUGCUGGGACUGGGUUUUGAGAGAAUUGGGCGGCUGAAGUGUAAAGAUGGCUUGAACCUACAAACGUCCAAGGUUGGGUGGUUUGCCCUGGUGGGUUCCAUACUUCAUGCAUACCUUGAGGACAGCAAAGGAGAGGAGAUCCACCUCCGCAAAUUGAAUGAGCUCUCAAUCCAGCAAGACAAUGAAGUGCUGGUUCUGGUAGAGAAAGGCAGAACCCUGUACAUUGAAGGGGAAAGAAAGUUGGACUUUGCUGGCUGGUGUUCGGCCAUCCAGGCAGCAGCAGGCAGUGGAGGGGCCACACUGAGCCAACAGCAGCUCACAGAAACAGAUAUACCUGUCAUAGUCCACAGCUGCAUCGACUACAUCACACAGUGCGGUUUGACCUCAGAGGGAAUUUAUCGCAAGAGCGGCGUGAACUCCCGUGUGACGGCCUUGUGCGAGAGAUUCCGACGUGAUGCUCGCAGUCUUCGUCUGAAGGAAGGGGAGCAUCAGGUUGACGAUGUUUCCAACACACUCAAACGCUUCUUCAGAGAGUUAGAAGAAGGGUUAUUCACAUCAGAGGACGCCAGCAGCUGGCUCAGCGUCACUGCCAAUCAGGACGAAAGUGCAAAAAUUUCUCAGUACAAGGUCCUGUUGAACAAACUUCCUCAUGUCAACAAGGUUACACUACAAGCCCUCAUCAACCACCUCUACUGUGUGCAGCGGUUUUCUGAGCUAAAUCAAAUGAACCUCCACAACCUGGCCAUCGUGUUCGGUCCCACACUGUUCCAGACAGAUGGGAAGGACUACACUGCUGGCCGUGCCAUUGAAGACCUCAUAGAGCACUACACGCUCAUCUUCGAGGUUGAUGAACUGCAGUUAAACAAGCAGCUGGAAGAGAUCAAAGCCAUCAUCCAAAUGCGAGAAAACCCCAUGACAAUGCUUCCAUCCCAUCAGAGAAGUGAGCGUGACGGCCACUUCAUCUGCACCGUAUACUUGGAGGAAUUGAAGGAAACAACAGAGCAACAUGUCAAGAUUCCUGGUUCUAUGACAGCAGCAGAGUUGACAUGUGAGGUUUUGGACCGGCGUAACAUCCCAGUAAGAGACAAAGAGUACUGGAGCUGCUGGGAGGUCUGCGAUAAGGAGGAAAUGGAACGUCCGCUUCAUUAUCAAGAGCGUGUUUUACCCAUCCUUCACUCCAUCGGGGCCGACUCCCAUCUACUCAUCAAAAAACAUUUGGCUAUGGAGGCGAUGCUCCUUUUUCUAUCCAAUAAAGUCGAUGUAUCCAAGCACGGGAUGAUCAAGUUUAGGGAAGAGCGAAGCAUCUUGGGGUUGGGCCUGCCCACUGGAAACUUUCAUGAAAAAUAUUUUAUCCUCAAUUCACUGUCCCUAAGAAUGUACAAGGAAGUCCGAAGUAACCGUCCAGAAAGGGAAUGGCCGGUGAAAAACUUGAAGGUUUACCUUGGGAUUAAGAAGAAACUCCGUCCUCCUACAUGUUGGGGUCUUACUGUCGUAUAUGAGGGCAAGAAACCAGAGAAACCAGAGAGACAGCAAUGGUACCUCUGCAGUGAAACCCAGUUGGAAAUGAGGGAGUGGUAUGCUACAUUUCUGAGUAUCCAGUGUGACGCCAACGUGUGGCCCCAGGAUGGACUCCAGCCGAGCCGAGUGAACCGCGUGGUUCCUGAUACCCGUCACGCCAAGACCCGCUUGCUCUCUUUAGAGACCUUCGAUAAUGCUUACAGCAGAAGCCUUGCCAAGGCUGGAUCACUGGGCCCACAAGAGGACCUCUGAAUAUUCUAGUGCCUCCAUCAUUCUGUCCUUGUACUGACCAGAGCGACGGACUCUCAGACAGCACAGUCUAAACAGUAUUUGGAUUUUGACUCGACAAGCCCAACUCAAUUUUUCUUAAAAAGCAGGAUUUUGUUAAAGGACCUGCACCGGUAGCAUAACAAAGAUGCAUUUUAAGUCAUGUGCAGCAGAAACUGAAAGGAAGUUCAGCAUUAAAUGAAGGAGACGGUGAUGGAUGGAUGGAGUUCCCACACUGCUCCAGAAAGUUUACACCCGGCAUUUACCUGCAUCCACUGUUUAGCAGAGUUUUUUUUAUUUUUUAGAUCAAAUGUACAAAAAAGACUAAAAGGUCAAAGUUAUUUUAGGUGCCAAAUUGGAGCGCUUCGACUAUUUUAAUUUUUUUUCAAAUAAAAGUUUGAUAGUCAUUAGUAGCUGAUUUUUCGGUUAGUUUUUUUCUGUCCACUUUAAGUGCCACCGGUCAGCGAACAUUGAACCGCUGUCAGAGGACGAACCCGAACUCGAGACUGAGAUGAAAUCUCAUCUGCACUGUGACUGAAAAGGCGGCAACAAAUGCGCUGUCAUCUCUGCCACUGGACAUUUGCCGUUCCUCUGCAAAAAGCUUGGUCAGAAAUGCCUAUUUGUGCUUUUGUCUGCAGAAAUGUGCCCGCACGCAUGACUUCCAUGUGGCUGAUUUUAAUGAUGUGUGAAAUAGUGGCUCCUGGCAUGUAAUGGAAGGAUGGUUUCGUGUUGAAAAAAAGAGGGCUUUUUUCCCCUACAAGUUUGGAAAAAAAAAGAACAGUCAAAACCAGAAACAAAGUGUUGUAAAAUAUGAGACAAAUUCAGAAGUAUUUGAUUUAUAGUCAUCAUUGUGAGAAAGUUCAACUAACUGUUCUCAAAAGGCUCAGAUUUCCAACGAGAUUGAAUCAUUGGGAGCUAUAUUUCUUGUUUUAAGUUUUAAUUUAGAAAAGUGCCACAUUUAAAUCAAGAGAGGCCUAUUUUACCAUUAUGCAAAGCAUUGAAUUUCUAGAGCUAUAUUUGUAUAGUUUGGAGCACACCGUCCUUUAAAAAAAUGAUACACUUAAGAAACUCAAUGCAUUCCUUUUUAACAUUCUGUCCACAAGGGUCCAAACCUGUACAUAUUUAAAUGAAUAAUCCUUGGUGCAUCGCCCGUUCACACUACCUUGUAGUGUAGCCUUUGUGCCACCUGUAGGUUAUUGUAAAAAAUUAUUUAUUUCUAAAGCAGAAGACGCUAGAUGAUGACUUUUAGCGAGAUUCAGUAUAUUCAAGUAUAUAUAUUCAAGUAUAUGUGAAGGUUUGGUAUUUACAUUGUGUAGUAAUGUGAGCGCUAACUGCCCUUUGACCUCACCUGGGGAGGACAGAGAACUCAACUGUGUAGUGAUGGCAACCCUUCACAUAGAAAUAAUUCACUUUGAUUUGCAUUCCUGUGUAUCGUUUAGCAGCAUCCAAUCAUUGUGUUGGCGUUUGUGGCACAAAUGGUCAGAUUGUGGUACCGGUACGUUUUACACGAGGUAUUUCUAAGUUGGAUCUCUCAUGGAUACAGGGGAUCAAACUGAGUAAUAUUACACCUGGGUUAUACGAUAACAGAUGCCUGCCACGUCCAUGUGUCAAUAAAUACUCAGUUUUCCUUUAAAAAAAGAAAUCUCAAUCAUUGUCCAAAUGUCUCUCUUGUCAUCACUACAAUUCAUUGUUUUAAAAUUCCUGCAGUUAUUGAUAUGUAUUAUAGACAGUGUGUUCAAUCCUUUCCUCUCUUACUAUUAGUUUGCCUUUUACAGAUUUUUACAUCUCUGAAACUCUAAUAAACAUGUUCAU